AUGCUCAUUGAUGAACAAGGAACUAUUGUAUCCAAUCAUGAGCAAAUAAUAUAUAUACCUGCUCAUGAUUGUUAUACAAAAUUUAACAUCUACUUACUUUAUUCACAUCGUCCCAAACAUUCAUCGAUAAAUUAUUCGAUUCGUAUUGAUCUUUUCGACAAGUCAACAUUAGAUUAUUGGACAAGUUGGUAUUUAUCAAUUCCAUUUCAGUUUCUUCCUGUUAAUCGAAUAUCGACUCAGUUAAUCAUUCUUGAAGUACGAGAAAAUAAAUUGUGUACACUGUCGUGUGGAGAACAUGGUCAGUUACUUAUUACAAUAGCAGCUUAUAAUCGUUUUAAGGUAGAAUUAAAACAAUCAUUCAUGCAACAGUUUCAAUUGAAACUUAAAAAACACAAAGACAUAAUAAUUACACCUAGUAUUUUGUUAAUAUUAGGUUUAACACGUCUUAUUAGUUCAUUCACAUUGGGAUGUAUGGAGUCACCACGUCAAUAUUGGUUAUAUCUAAUUGGCUAUUUUGCAGCCUUUGUAUCAUCAAUAUUAACAUUGUUUGUGUUUGUUUUACCAUCGAAAAUAUACAGAAGUGAACUAAAUAAAACAGUACAACAAUGGACUUGA